AUGAUUGGAGGUUCCUACAUCUUGCCUAGGGAGUUUGUUGGGCUUUUCCACCCAGUGUCAAACUAUCCAGGCUUGAGCCUCUCAACAUUAACACAAGAAAAGGCUACUUUUAGGCCAGGAUGGGAGGUUGGCCAUUUAGCAGUGGAGGUGAAGUCCGCAUUACCAGUGACCAUGCAGAGCAGUGGUAACAAUGGAGGUGAUGGCGGUGGUGGUGGCAACGGUGGUGGAGGUGGCGGCGGUGGUGGUAGUGGAGGAGGAGGAGGAGGAGGAGGAGGGGGUCCAGUGGAUUUACGCACAGAUGUCCGGAUUCCCCUCACCUCAGUGGACCCAGUGAUCCGGGAACAGCAGCUCCAACAUGAACUGCGUCUUCUCAAACAACAGCAAGAACUUCAAAAGCAAUUGCUAUUUGCUGAGUUCCAGAAACAACAUGAACACCUCACACGGCAGCAUGAGGUCCAACUUCAGGAGCACCUAAAGCAACAACAGGAGAUCUUAGCCGUCAAGCGACAGCAGGAGCUGGAACAACAGAGGAAGCUGGAGCAACAACGGCAUGAGGAAAUGGAGAAACAAAGGCUGGAACAGCAGCUAAUAAUGUUAAGGAACAAGGAGAAGGGCAAAGAAAGUGCGAUCGCCAGCUCUGAAGUUAAACAGAAACUGCAAGAAUUUUUGCUCAGUAAAUCCAAAGAACCAACAGCAGGACUAAACCAUUCCUUUCCCCAGAAGUGCUGGGGAGCACACCACACCUCACUGGACCAGAGUUCCCCUCCUCAGAGUAACACACCUGGAACACCCCCAUCUUAUAAACUGCCACCUUUAUUGGGAGCAUAUGAUGGCAAGGAUGACUUUCCGCUACGAAAGACAG